GAGUGGAUACUACAGGAGGGGAGAGAAAAAAAGAGAUAAGGAGGGAACAGGCAAAGGAAUUUGCAACUGAAAGCAACAGACUGUGGUUGAGGGGAAUGGGAGGAGCGCUGAGCAGAAAACAAGGUUACACAUGAGAAGUCAGAUGGGUAGUCCAACAAAGGGGCGAGAGCGCGAAAAAGAGAAAGAACAGGUAGAGUUGGUUAGGAAAAGGUUUCAGUAUUACUUCACACCUUAAUACCUCUUUCUCAAUGCGGCGGGAAAGCAAAACAAAAAGUAAACAAACAGAAAGGGCAAAUGAAGUCAUGAGACCGGAAAGUAUAAAUAACAAGAAAAGGCGGGCAAGACAGCACAGUUAAAAACAGACGCGUCCAGGAGAUUAUUUAAAGAAGAGAAACAGACAAGGGGGAGACACGGCUGUAAGGAGUUAGCAGGGAGGGAAAGAAGGAAAACAGAAAAUACUUAUUGACAGGCAGGACCAGACUUAUCUCCAUGGACUACUGACAUCAGCAAAAGAAGAAGAGCGUUAGAAGAGGUCACAACGGUCCAGCUGCAGAGCAGAUUGCUUGUGCAUGUCUGUUGUGCAACUAAGAGAGCUGAAGUAGACAGAUACAGUUCGCAAAGACAGUCCUCUCUGUAACAGCACCAUGUUGAUGAAAGAGUACCGCAUAUGCAUGCCACUGACUGUGGAUGAGUACAGGAUUGGGCAGCUGUACAUGAUCAGUAAGCACAGCUGCGAGCAGAGCGGCGGGGGAGAAGGAGUGGAGGUGGUGAGGAACGAGCCAGAUAUUCACCCCAAGUACGGCCGAGGACAAGUGACCGAGAAGAGAAUCUACCUCAGCAGUAAACUACCGUCUUGGGCAAAGGCAUUUGUCCCGCGAAUCUUCUAUGUCACAGAAACGGCUUGGAACUUCUACCCAUAUACAAUAACAGAGUAUACAGUAUCAUUCCUCCCCAAGUUCAAGAUCCGUAUUGACACAAGAUUUGAGAACAACAAUGGCAAUAACAAUAAUGUGUUUGGGGACACGGCGACCCCAGCAGAGAAUGUGAGUUUCCUGGAUAUCCUGAGCGACUCCAUCCCUGAAAAGCACUACAAAGAGUCAGAGGACCUGAGUCACUGGCAUUCAAGUAAAACUGGCCGAGGUCCCCUGGAGAAAGGCUGGAGAGACAACCAUAAGCCCAUUAUGUGCUCCUAUAAGAGGGUGUACUGCAGCUUCGAGGUCUACGGCUUCCAGACCCGGACUGAGGAGUUCAUACAUAGAAACAUCCGGGACAUUCUUCUGGUUGGCCACAGGCAGGCAGUAGCAUGGGUAGAUGAAUGGCAUGGGCUGAAUAUGGAGGAAGUGAGAGAAUACGAGCGGACGAUGCAAGAGAAAACCAACAGCAAAGUCAAAUUGGGCCAGAAUAAUACAAGCUCUCGUCCUCAGUUCUCUCGCUCCAUCUCCAUGGCAGACGAGCAUACCCUGAAGAAGAUGGGAGUGACCACUGUGACCAUAUCUGACCCCUCUGGUUCUGUGCCACCUAAUUCCAUUCGCCACAAUUCUGCCACUGAAUGAUGCCGCACCCAUAAACGCAGACACACACACGCACACACUGUACAGGGCAAACACAGAGAAACAAAAGUCAACAUUGACCAGAGUCAUAUGAUGUUAUAUUUGAGACACUCGCACUGAGUCUGAGAUAUGAUCUAAAGGGAAACGGUUUAGGGAAAACAUUUAUUCGCUGUCUGGAAGAGAGUUAGACGAGCAGAAUAAUGCCACUCGCGUGUUUAUCUGUUAAACAUCAGACCACACUAGCUGUUUCCUCCUGUUUCCAGUCUUUGAGCUAAGCUAAGCUAACCAGGUGUGGGCUCCAGCUUCAUAUAUUCUGUGUAGACACAAGAGCAGUAUCGAUCUUCUCAUCUAAGUUUGCCAGAGAGUAAAUAAGCAUUUUCUAAACACCACUGCAGAAAUGGGCCUAUUUAUUUAUUCUUGUUCACAGCACUAUACAAACGCUGCACAAAGAACGAACACUUUGCACCUACUCAGAG